UGAGGAUGAAAAAGAGGCAGGUGGACAAGCGUUGUAUUGCCUACGAGAAUUUGCUUCUUGAUCCAUUUAAUAAGGACACCCUGUGUUCUUAAGUUUAAAUAAAGAAAGAAUGAUGUCUUAAAGAUAAAUGCUGUUUUCUUUAGAAUUAAUAAUCUCUAUUAUAUAAAAAAAAAAUAUACCUACUAAACAUCUCGCUUAAUUGAUUUACUGUUGUGGUUGUUUAAAAAUAGAUGAGAAAUAAAUGAAGUUUUCUAUGAUAAAAGAAUGAAUUCAUCAUUCGUACACUGUUUAUAAAAAUGCAAUAUUAAAAAAGAGAAGUUAAACUAUAAAUUAUGGAAUUUUCUUUCUCUUUUAGUAAAUACCUUGAGAGUAGUUCAAAUCUGGCGCUGUGCAAAUCGCAGUAUUUCAUUGGUUCAUUUUUGAGCGGUAGUUACGCGACAAUUUGAAUCAUUUUCUUUACAAAAAGAGAUAUUUCGAAUAUUUUAUUGCAUUCAAAUACAUAUGUAUACCAAAUAUAUUGAAUAUAUCGAAUAUAUUUAAAUAUAUGAUAAUGUACUAGUAGAUUAUUUAAUAUUAUAUUAUAUUAGUUAUUUUUAGUUUUCUAUAUUCAUCAACACGUGUUGGCAAUCCUGAUAGUAAUCUCUGUCGGUAUUAAUGGCUAUUGUCUUUAUAUUUGGUAUAAAUGUUAGUGAAAAUAAAUUUUAGUUAGGAUAUUAAAUUCAAUUAUUUAUAAGUCAUUUUUAAAUAAAUCAUACAAAGAAAUUUAAAUGAAAUAAACAUAUUUAAUCUGAGUGAUACAUGAGAAUACCACAUUUUUUACGUAGUGUCCUAAUAGGCAUCCCUGUUGGGAUUACCUUCUUGGACACAGUAGGAUAUGUGGCUAAAGUGGAAGGAAUUUCAAUGCAACCAGCCUUAAAUCCAGAUUUAAAAAAUCCAGAUUAUGUAUUCUUAAAUCGUUGGGCUAUACGUACUCGCGAUAUUCAACGAGGUGAAAUAGUAUCUGUGAUAUCCCCCAAAUCACCAAGUCAAACAUUAAUCAAACGAGUUGUAGGCCUCGCAGGUGACAUUUUACAUACACGUGGAUAUAAAUCGGAUUACCUUCAGGUUCCAGAUGGACAUUGCUGGUUGGAAGGAGAUCACACAGGUCGUUCAAUGGACUCGAAUACUUUUGGACCAGUUUCUCUUGGUUUAAUUACUGCUAAAGCUACUUGCAUAGUUUGGCCACCUAAUCGUUGGCAAUAUCUUGAAGCUUCCAUGCCAAAUCAACGUACAAUAUUAAGUUCUAGAAGAAGUUAAUCAAAAGUGCAUUAUAAAUAUGAG